CCGGUUUAACGCGGAAUUUAAAAGAUUUCUUCAUAACCGGUUUUAUUUGAAACGGGGUCGUUUUCGCGGAACCCGAGAUCUCUCUAUUUUGUGCGUCUCUCUCUCUCGCCAUCUUUCAUCAUCAGCUGAAACCGAAUCUCUCUUUCGAAUUUCAAACAACGAAGCUCCGUCCAACAGAUCUCGCCGGCGUUUCGCAAUGGAUAAUCCUAUUCAAGAGAUUCUGGAGAAGCAGCUUCUGACGGUGGCGAAAGCCAUGGAGGACAAGCUCGACGAGGAGAUCGCGUCUCUGGAAAAGCCUGACGAGGACGAUCUGGAGGUGUUGAGGGAGAGGAGGCUGCAGCAGAUGAAGAAAAUGGCGGAGAAAAGGAAGCGUUGGAUGAGUCAUGGACACGGCGAGUACACCGAGAUCCCUUCCGAGAAGGACUUCUUCGCCGCCGUCAAGGCUAGCGAACGCGUCGUCUGCCAUUUCUACCGCGAGAAUUGGCCCUGCAAAGUGAUGGAUAAGCACAUGGGUAUAUUGGCAAAGCAGCACAUUGAGACGCGUUUUGUGAAGAUCCAAGCUGAGAAAAGUCCCUUCUUGGCUGAGAGGCUCAAGAUUGUCGUUCUUCCCACUCUUGCCCUCAUCAAGAACACUAAAGUUGAUGAUUAUGUGGUUGGGUUCAAUGAGCUGGGAGGGAAAGACGAUUUCAGCACUGAGGAUCUGGAAGAGAGAUUAGCUAGAGCUCAAGUCAUCCAUUACGAGGGAGAAUCGUCUCAUAAACCGAAGUCUACCACACAAACCAAGAGGAGCGUAAGGCAGAGUGCUAGAUCAGAUUCUGACUCUGAAUAAAUCCAAAGUUUUUUUAACAAAGGUUGUUGUCACUAUCUUCAGCCUUUUCUUGUGUCUCUGCUUUAUGCAAAAGAGGAAUUAUAUGCGCGCUUGUUCGUGAGUUGUACUAAACGCAUUAAGUUGUGAUUUGUAAUUUUGAUGCUAUGGAUUUUGACCUUUCCUUGCCUGUUUAAA